CUCCUCUGGCUGGGCAGGACACACCUUUCAAAUAAGACCCCCAAGUUGUAUUCCUUGUACCUCCCUUGUACCCUCCCCUUGGCCCCUCCCCCUAACCUCUCUCAAUUUAAGAUUCAGCCUCUUCCCACAGAGGCUGGGCAUCUUUGAGGUUUUUCCACCUUAACCGCUCCAUUUCCGGAUGGAGCCAGAGAAAUGUGGUGGGGGGGCCGGGGCCAGAGUUUCAACAUCGCCCCCAAGAAGGAGGAACCAGAGAUGGGGCUCUCUGGACCAAAGUCUGCCAGGGCAAACAGGAUGCCAGAGCCCAGGACUCGUCAGUUUGGCAGCUGCCUGACCUCUGGCUACCUCCCAGGGGAGCAGAUCCUAGCGUGGGCUCCAGGGCUCAGGAAAGGUCAGGACCCAGAACUGCCUGGAACACUGAUCUGCACCAACUUUAGGGUCACCUUCCAGCCUUCUGGAUGGCAGCGGCAUCAGGACACUACCCUGAACACUGAAUACGAUUUUGCCCUGAUCAACAUUGGACGCUUAGAGGCUGUGAGUGGCUUGUCCCGAGUUCAGCUCCUCCGUCCAGGUUCGCAGCUUAAAUUCAUCCCCGAGGAGAUUGUGAUCUAUGGCAGAGACUUCCGGCUGCUCAAAGUUGGUUUUGAGGCUGGAGGGCUAGAGCCUCAGGCCUUUCAGGUAACUGUGGCCAUUGUUCAAGCCCGAGCUCAGAGCAGUCAAACCCAACAGUACAGAGCAGUAACCCUGAGCACAGCUGGCCAGGCUUCUGGCUCCAGAAAACCUCCCAUUCCUCUCUUGGAGACUUCAGAAGAUUGGGAAACUGAGCUGAAGCAGCAGGGUGCCACGGGCUGGAGGGUGAGCACCGUCAACGAGAGGUUCGACGUAGCUACCAGCCUUUCCUGCUACUUCUGGGUCCCGAAUGGAGUUCUGGACAGUGCGGUCAGGAGAGUAUUUGACCACUUCCACCAGGGCCGUGGACCGCGUUUGUCCUGGCAUCACCCUGGGGGCAGUGACCUUCUCCGAUGUGGCGGCUUCUAUACAACCAGUGACCCUAAUAAGGAAGAUAUCAGAGCCAUGGAGUCGAUGCUCCAGGCUGGCCAUUCGGAAGUUGUUUUGGUGGACACUGUGGAUGAGAUGCCUAGUCUUGCAGAUAUCCAGCUUGCUCACUUGAAGCUGAGGACACUUUGCCUGCACGACUCGUCUGUAGCCGAUGAUAAAUGGCUUUCAGCCCUGGAAGGAACGCGAUGGUUGGACUUUGUCAGAUCUUGUCUUAGGAAGGCCAGUGAUGUCUCUGUUUUAGUGACGUCCCGGGAUCGUUCUGUGGUUCUUCAAGAGCGCGGUGACCGGGAUUUCAAUGGCCUCUUCUCUUCGCUCGUCCAGUUACUUGUGGCCCCUGAAGCCCGAACAUUAUUUGGUUUCCAGUCACUUGUGCAGCGAGAGUGGGUGGCAGCUGGACACCCCUUCCUGACCCGGCUUGGGGAAACUGGGGCCACUGAGGAGGCUCCGGUGUUCCUCCUCUUCCUUGACUGUGUCUGGCAGCUCCUUCAGCAGUUUCCAGCUGAAUUCGAAUUCUCUGAGUUUUUCCUUCUUGCUCUGCAUGACAGCGUCAGAGUUCCCGACACCCUUACCUUUCUGAGGAACACCCCCUGGGAGCGUGCGAAGAAGAGUAGGCAGUUCAAUUCCUAUACACAAGUUUACACCCCAGGGUACUCCCAGACUCCAGCUGGGAACUCUAUUAACUUGCAGCUGUCUGUCUGGGACUGGAAUUUACGCUACAGCAAUGAACAGAUAUUGCAGUUCCAUAAUCCUUGCUAUGAUCCAGAACACCACCCAGAUGCCUGGUGUCCUAGACAGCAGCUAAGCUUCAUGGCUCCUGGACCCCCCAGUUCUCUGUGGCUCUUCUCUAGAGGGGCCCUGACCCCCCUGAAUCAGCUCUGUCCUUGGCAAGAUAGUCCUUCUCUGCUGGCAGUCUCUUCCCGUUGGCUCCCUCGACUUGCUGUGUCCUCCGAAAACCUGGCUGACCAGGAGUGGGGACUCCCCUCUCACUGGGGAGCUUGCCCAUUACCUCCAGGGUUACUGCUGCCUGGGUAUCUGGGACCCCAGAUCAGGCUCUGGAGACGCUGUUACCUGAGAGGAAGGCCUGAGGUCCAGACGAGCGGCUCUGCUCUUACAGUUGCUGGUCUUCAGGAUGAACUCUCUUGUCUUCAGGAGCUAUUAAGAAAAUGGACACCAAGAAUAUCUCCUGGGGACCAGUGCAAGAAAAAAGAUCCAAAUGCUAUUCUCUCUCCACCCACUGAAAUUGCUGGCCUUCUCAAAAGCUGGGAAGAGGGAGAGUGAGGGCUUUGUCUAAUCGUUCAGUAUUUUUUUUUUUUUAAUUUUUAUAUGUGUCCUUGGUGCCUCAGCUUUCACAUUCCAGUCCUUAACAAAGCUCACUAAAUGAGUUUCUGGAACAGACAGGGGUGCUACUCUCUGGCUCUUCUCCUGUCUUGUUUGAUUCCUGAAAAUAUAUUCCUUUCUUGUGUUUUUAAAAAUUUCAAAUAAAACCAGAACCAAUUCAGAA